AAAAAAAAAAAAAAAAAAAAUCCUUCAUCCCUUUCUUGCAACAGCGAAACAAAGGUGAGGCCACAUUGUGUUGUUUGUCAUUCAGGGUAGGAGAGGGGGAGUGAUGCGCAGCAAAGGGACCCAGGCCAGGAGUCGAACCGGGGUUCUCUGCAGAGCCUCGGCACAUGGGUCGUACGCGCUACCAACCGAGCUAAGCGGCGCCCCAACCAGUCAUCCUUUCUUAGCUUCAGCUCCAUUGAUGUCUUACUGCAACAAAUAGAGGUAGCACCAAGAUAAAACUACUUGCCAAGAAGCCCAGGCUUUGGACAGACUUGCAGUACUGACACACCUACAGACAGAGAGACCUGACGGACAGAGUCCAGCUGGCGAGUCAUGGCAGCAGCAAGCGGAACAGAUGUGCAAGGGACUUUGAUCUAGGGUGCCCGUAGCUAUUUUUGUGUCUGGACGUCCUGUUGUACUGGAUGCGACUCUGCAGCUCUCCGUAUGGUCGUUUAAGAGUCGGCCAGCUUGACCGACUUUCCUCCCCUGCGCCCCCCUUACCACGUCACAACACACCUGGCUUGUUCUCCAGCCUCUCUCUGCAUCAAUUCUGGCAAUGUCCAGAGUCUCAAGCCCCCCUCCGCCGGUGGAAAUGUCCAGCGGUCCUGUGGCUGAGAGCUGGUGUUACACUCAGAUCAAAGUGGUGAAGUUCUCCUACAUGUGGACCAUCAACAACUUCAGCUUCUGUCGGGAGGAGAUGGGAGAGGUCAUCAAGAGCUCCACUUUCUCCUCAGGAGCGAAUGACAAGCUCAAAUGGUGUUUGCGAGUAAACCCCAAAGGCCUGGAUGAGGAGAGUAAAGACUAUCUUUCACUUUACUUGCUCUUAGUCAGCUGCCCGAAAAGUGAGGUGCGCGCCAAGUUUAAGUUUUCUAUCCUCAAUGCCAAGGGAGAAGAAACCAAAGCUAUGGAGAGCCAGAGAGCAUACCGCUUCGUCCAGGGGAAGGACUGGGGUUUCAAAAAGUUUAUAAGGAGGGACUUCCUGCUGGAAGAGGCCAAUGGUUUGCUGCCCGAUGACAAAUUAACGCUUUUCUGUGAGGUGAGCGUGGUACAGGACUCUGUCAACAUCUCAGGUCAGAACACAAUGAACACGGUGAAGGUUCCUGACUGCAGGCUGGCCGAGGAGCUCGGAGAUCUAUGGGAAAACUCCAGGUUCACAGACUGCUCCUUGUGUGUCGCCGGCCAGAAAUUCCAGGCGCACAAAGCCAUCCUCGCAGCUCGCUCGCCGGUGUUCAGUGCCAUGUUUGAGCACGAGAUGGAAGAGAGCAAAAAGAACCGUGUGGAGAUAAAUGACGUGGAGCCAGAUGUCUUCAAAGAGAUGAUGUGCUUCAUCUACACAGGCAAGGCCCCCAACCUGGACAAGAUGGCUGAUGACCUGCUGGCUGCAGCUGACAAGCAGUAUGCUCUGGAGAGGCUGAAGGUGAUGUGCGAGGACGCUCUGUGCACGAGCCUGAGCGUGGAGAACGCCGCAGAGAUCCUCAUCCUCGCCGACCUGCACAGCGCCAACCAGCUCAAGACGCAGGCCGUGGACUUCAUCAACUAUCACGCAGCUGACGUGAUGGAGACAUCGGCCUGGAAGUCCAUGGUGAUCUCUCACCCACACUUGGUGGCCGAGGCCUAUCACUCCCUGGCCUCGGCUCAGUGCCCCUUCCUGGGUCCUCCAAGAAAACGGCUCAAGCAGUCUUAGUGGUCCGGAGAAACUCUGCUGUCACAACCCUGACGGUCCUCCUGUGCUCCUCUCUCUCCUACAGCAGCCAGAGACGCUCAAGUCCUAAACCCAGUCUAGAUACAGCUGUGGAGAGCUACUCAGCCGGGCAGACCAGAGAAUUUCAGGACCGAUUCCACAGAGGAGAUGCUACACAUCUCUGUUGGUGGGGAUGGGGUGAAUUCUAUAAGAUCUAAACCUGGAUAUUUGUGGAUUGCAAGCUCAAAGCCUUGUUUGGUCCAUAUAUCCUUUGUCUACUGUGUUGGAAAUCUAGAAUCAUAAGCUGCGAGUCAGUCACAUAAAGAACUGAUCUCCCGGCUUGACAGGAAAAGUCACUGCUGGCUCCCUGUGAAUCUAAUGUGGUGGCAUAUUGUCUUCAGCAGUGCUAAAGCCCAAACUGUGCUCUGUGCUGAAAAGACAAGUGAUGAGGAUCAACCAACUAGAAAGUGAAAGACUAUUGCUCUCAUUGAUGCUGAACAGUUUGCAUUGUUUUUGUACAGCACAAUUCUGAGUUUGAAUAAAAGAGUCUGAACACAACUUCAUGAGAACUGUUUAGCUUGUGCCUUAAACGGGGCAAACACCGUACGGAUGAAGUCAGAUCACCCUCGACUACCACUGGAGUCAGGCCCAAUUUCUGCCCAUCAGUUGUGGUUUGAUGUGCGCUAUGACCAGGGUCAUAAUGCCACCAUAUGUAAAAAUCAACAAGUGCGGUCGGGUUUCAGAAAUCUCGUCCUGCAGUCUUUAAGUCUGUGCAGAUCCACAGUGAGAUUUCCCACACGGCUGCUCUCCGUUAUGAACUGUAGUGAGCUUGUUUUAAUAUCAUUGGAGAAGUAUUUAACAUGUGGUUAUAACUGUAGUCUCGACUGGGACUGUAGGUAUACUAUAUCACUACACUGUACUGUGAUAUAAUGCUGAGCAGACUGUCUGCAUCUUCCAGCCAUCUGGGGCUGCGUGUUUCUCUUCUUUUUUUUCUCUUCUUUCCAUUCAUCGCAGGAUUGCACAAAACGAACGCCUCUUUUGGUCAACAUUGUGGAGGAGGCAGUCAUUAUGUCGUGGCUCUUAAAUCGAUCUGUGCUGUUGGAACAUAAAAGAUGCAAGUUCAAGCUGUGUGGAAAAAAAAAAACAGGAUAAAGGUGGGAUAUGUAUGACUUUUAGCUAAAAACAUAUUUAAAAAAAAAUACUAAAAUGACCGACUGAAUGUGAAGAAACAACAGUUUUUAUGUUUUGUCAAAAACGUUUAUGUACUGUGUUGCAGAAACAUCCGAAGUUAGCAAUGCUAGCCAGCUAGCCACGCCCCUGUCGUGUCAUAAGUUAAGAUAACACUUUAUUAAUCCCUCAGGUGGAAAUUGGCCAGCUCCCCCAGCUCUGAUUCCAGUGCCCACUCUGGUGUAUUCUUAAGUCAAGCGUUGAAAGUUAACAUUAGAAUACUAAUAAAAACUAACAGAGUCUGUCAGCCUUAAAAAAAAGGAUGAUCAUUAUGGAAAAGGGCCUUUUUACUCACCUGUUACCACACACUGUGACUGAAACAAUGUUUGAGCUUUUGGAGCGAUGAAAUACAGAUGUUUUGA